AUAGAGACGGGGCUCUCCUGUUUGCUGACAACAUCUCUCACAGCUCUGAAUCUAACGGACAAAAAAAAAAAAGAAUGAAGGUUACCAUAAUAACACUUUGCCUGGUUGGAGCAGUUUUUUCCAACCCAAUUUCAUAUAAUGUCAUUUUGGAAUCAAGUAAGCUUGAAGCAAACACGACUGGAAGUUUGUCUCUUUCACAAUCAUCUGAAAAUAACACCUCAGAGCUUCAGAGCUCUGAAGAAAAUGCCUCAAAUCAAAGUUCAGAGUCAGAAUCAUUAGAAUCCACAUCAGAGGACAAGACUUCAGAGGAGAGCAACAGCCAGUCAGAUGAGGAUGAUGGGACUGACUUUAUGGCUGAAACCAGAGAUAACAGCAUGGGCAGUGAGGAGAAUGUUCGAAAGAGUUGGGUUCAGGUGUUUGCAAGUGUCACCAAAGUCCUGAGCGCAGAGGACAACAGCAGCACAGAGGUCGAAGGUCAAACAGACCACCUCAGCAAAGAGCUGACAGAGAAACAGCCCAAUCAAACCUCCACCAGCACCACUUUCAAACAGAAGACCAACACCACUCAAAGCCAAACAAACCUACUGCUGGUGGAGAACAACACCGACAGCAGUGAUACCACCAGCGACAGUGCAGACACCAGUGAGAUGACUGGUGUCACCAGUGACAGCAGCGAGAGCACCAGCAGUGAGAGCAAUGAGACCAGUGACAGCAGUGACAGCAGUGAUGCCAGCAAGAGCACAGAGGAUAGUAAUGCCAGCGACAGUACGGAGCUGCACCAAAUCAAAACCAAAGACUGUGUGAACGGAACUCAGAGCUGUGAAAGUGAAGAGUACUUCUUCCAGGCUGUAGGAGAUGACGCCAAUUACUCUGUAGACAAUUUGAUGGUGCCAGAUGAGGACGAAAGGGAGUUAAGUCUAAGGAGAUGAUGACAUGCAUAGCUUUGUGUUCCCCACUAUGAACUACAACACCAUUAAAUGACCUGCCUGAAGACGUCAGGAUGACAGAUUUGCUCUUGCCCAUCGCUUCUGAAUGUUGAUUAUGGCAAUAUAUGUUACUUGCAGCUGAUUGAUUCAUGUAUGUGAUUAUU